ACACCAUUUUUUUCUCCCUAUGGAUCAUAUUUAAUGAUGUUUAUGAUCAAAGUCAGAAACACUCAUUUCUCCAUCCUUGUUUAAGUUUCUUAAAGCGAUUUUUCACUAUAAAUUAACGAAAAAUUUAUAUACACGUAAUUAUAUAAUUGAAAGAGAAAAACAAAGGUUUGACAGAGUCUCUUCUAGCCGCCUAAUUAUUCCACAUGGGAUUUUUCUUCUUUAUUUCACAAUUGUUGGAUUUUUAUACAUAUAUGAAACUGCAUAUACAUAAUACAUUAUAUAUAUUGAUAUACGAAUAGAAGUUUUUCACAUCAUAAUCUAAUUAAAGGAGUUUCAUUGAUUGCAAUCUGAGAUUUUCUUUGCAACUAGAAGUAGAUUUUUAAAGGGGUCAUGGGAACUAACUCAUCAAAAAAUUCAAGUGAUCAGAGAAAAUUUUCUGAUGAUUUUUACAGGUCGUGGGAUAAUUAUGGCUAUCCUCAGUCACCUUUGCCUCAACAAAGCCCCUACUUAACUCCUCAACAUCACUAUGCACCUUCUUCAUCAUCAUCUUAUGGCCAUAGAUCACCAAAAAGAAACUUGGAUAGAAAAUACUCAAGGAUUUCUGAUGAUUACCAUUCCUUAGAUGAGGUUACCUCUGCUCUUGCACAUGCUGGGCUUGAAUCUUCUAAUCUAAUUGUUGGAAUUGAUUUCACAAAGAGCAAUGAAUGGACAGGUUCAAGGUCAUUCAACCACAAAAGCUUACACCACAUAGGAAAUGAUCUAAAUCCAUAUGAACAAGCAAUAUCAAUCAUUGGAAAUACUUUAUCAGCUUUUGAUGAAGAUAACUUAAUUCCAUGUUAUGGAUUUGGAGAUGCAUCAACACAUGACAAAGAUGUUUUCAACUUCUAUCCAAAUCAAAGGUAUUGUAAUGGAUUCGAGGAAGUACUAACUCGAUAUAGAGAGAUUGUUCCCCACCUUCGCCUGGCAGGACCUACAUCUUUUGCGCCUGUGAUUGAGAUGGCCAUGACUAUAGUCGAGCAAAGUCGUGGCCAGUAUCAUGUUCUAUUGAUCAUUGCUGAUGGACAGGUAACAAGAAGUGUGGAUACAAGAAAUGGGAAACUUAGCUCACAAGAACAGAAGACAAUUGAUGCAAUUGUAAGGGCAAGUGAUUAUCCAUUGUCAAUAAUCUUAGUUGGGGUUGGAGAUGGGCCUUGGGAUAUGAUGAGGGACUUCGAUGAUAACAUUCCUUCACGAGCAUUUGACAAUUUUCAGUUUGUGAACUUCACUGAGAUUAUGUCAAAGAAUGUAAAUCCAAUGAGAAAGCAAACAGACUUUGCUCUAUCAGCUUUGAUGGAAAUACCAUCUCAAUACAAAGCAACGUUGGAGCUCGGCAUACUAGGUCGACAAAGUAGAAAUGCUCCUCAUAGAGAACCUCUUCCUCCACCAUUCAUUGCUGAUGUACCUUCUAGAAGCAGCAUACAACUUAACAGUUCAAGCAGUUUUCAAAGUACUUCUACUUAUGAUAAUAGGGUCUGCCCCAUUUGUCUAACUAACACAAAAAACUUGGCCUUUGGUUGUGGGCAUCAGACUUGUUUUGACUGUGGAGAAGUGCUCCAAACAUGCCCCAUUUGCCGGAGCUCAAUCAAAACUAGAAUAAGGCUCUACUAGUCAGUCAACAUGAUAGUUCUCAUGUUAUCAUGACACUUGAAAAGGUUGUUAAUCAUAGGAAAGACAUUAAAACCUUUGCACACCAAUAAUGUGACAAUUUUUAUCAAAAGUGGACUAUUCAAGGAUGUGCAGGACUUGUUUGUGGCUUAUGGCUGGUAUGCUGAAAGCCAAUGUUGAUGUGGUGGGAGGUAAUGUAGGGAUGGGUCUAGUGGUUCCUAACUCUGAUGACCAAGUCCUACUCUAUGCAGUUUGGCACUUGAAAGCUAUUUUUCCUCCUCUCUUGGAUGAAGCCCAUGCUGUCUUGUAUGGUCUUCGUCAGUGCCCCGCCAAUGUUAGUUCACUAAUCUUGUGAUGGAAGCUGAUUGUCAAGUCCUCAUCCUUAAGCUUUUGCAUAAAUCUUUCUGAGAUUCUUAUUUGAGUAAUAUCCUUCAAGAGAUUUUAGACAUAUGUAAUGCUUUUGAUAAUGUUUCCUUUGUGUAAGUUUCCAGUGUUGUAAUGUAAAUGGGCUGCUCAUGCCUUAGCUAAGCAUGACCUUUUUGCCCUUCUUGUUGUGACAAAUUUUAUUUGGUAGCCUAGUUUCAUACCUGAUUGAGGCCGAGUCAUCUUUUAACCAUGGCCUUCCUUUUUAAAGAAAAGACAUUUUGUAAAUAAGUCUUGAUUAUGUAUAGUAUACCAUAUAGUAUAUAUAUACUAUAAAA